ACGUUAACAUUUCAUCACACAUUUUCACACACUCCCAAAUUCCACUUUCUUCUGUAUUUUGUGGCUGAAAACUCGACUACAUUCAUACGAGAGAGAACUUCACUUGAGCUUUACCAGUGACCAACAAUGGCGGCUACCAGAGUUAUCACUGCAGCAACCAAUUCCACUUCUUCGUUACUCCUGAAACGGCCAAUUUCCUCUCAAUUUCUCAAGAAAUCUCCUCAUUUUCUCUCUCUUUCCUUCAAUCCUACUCUCUCCAAACGCCUUUUCACUUGUCGCGCUGUUUAUCAACCUCAAGAUGUUGUUUCUAAGGAACAAGGAGAGCCUGAAACCCUAGAUUAUCGUGUUUUCUUCCUUGAUAAUUCUGGCAAAAAGAUUUCCCCUUGGCAUGAUAUCCCCUUGCAUUUGGGAGAUGGUGCUUUUAAUUUUGUGGUUGAAAUACCAAAAGAAUCAAGUGCCAAGAUGGAGGUUGCCACUGAUGAGCUUUACACUCCCAUCAAACAAGAUACCAAGAAGGGAAAACUUCGAUAUUACCCGUACAAUAUUAAUUGGAAUUAUGGCCUAUUGCCACAAACAUGGGAAGACCCAACACUUGCUAACUCUGAAGUUGAAGGUGCUUUUGGAGACAAUGAUCCAGUUGAUGUCGUUGAAAUCGGUGAAAAGCAGCGGAAGAUCGGAGAGAUUUUGAAAGUCAAACCUUUAGGUGCUUUGGCUAUGAUUGAUGAGGGUGAACUUGACUGGAAAAUCAUUGCAAUUGCGCUAGAUGAUCCCAAAGCUUCCCUCGUGAAUGAUGUUGAGGAUGUGGAGAAACAUUUCCCUGGAACUCUAACGGCAAUCAGGGACUGGUUUAGAGAUUACAAGAUUCCAGAUGGAAAGCCAGCUAACAAGUUUGGUCUUGGAAACAAGGCAGCUAACAAGGAUUACGCCCUCAAGGUCAUCACUGAGACUAAUGAAUCUUGGGCUAAACUUGUCAAGCGUAAUAUUGCUGCUGGGGAGCUUUCUCUGGUUUGAGACUGUCGUACUCGUGAAGUUGCAUUUUUUGCUUGUACUCUAUAGAGUGUUAAGCUCUGCCUGGGUCCUUGCUGCUAUUAACUUGAAACAAAAUUAAGAUUUUUGUGGGGUUGAAAUUUUUAUUUCCUUGUAUGCUUCUCUGAGUUCUCUUCUCUCUCAACGAAAUUGAAUUUGUUCAUGUAUUCUAUCCUGAAUAAUUGAAAGCGAAAUGGAAAUAAAGUUUCAGUUAAUUAA